UGGAUAAGGUUCCUAAAAUUGAUGUCUGAUAAGGUUGGGGACAAUUAAGUACGGUUCUUCUAUACAUAAACCUUUCUAUGCUUGGUUAUUAGUUAUCAUAGUGAGCAAAGAAAAUUUUAAGAAAAAAUGGCUUCACCAUUGCCUCCUUUUAUUUUCUUGCGCCUACUCUUUCUACUAGCAACAUUCUAUUUCGUUGUUUGCAACACUUCCUCUUCCGUUCAGCCACGCUGCCAUGAUAAUGAGAGCUCUGCUUUGAUUCAAUUUAAGAUAAGCUUUUCUAUAAACGAGUUUGCUUCUGGCUAUCCUUCUGCCUAUCCAAAGGUUGCGUCGUGGAAGCUGCUUCGAGGGGAAGGUAGUAAUACUAGUAGUAGUGAUUGUUGCUCGUGGGAUGGAAUUACAUGCCAUGGGGACACCGGUCAUGUGAUUGGCCUCGACCUCAGUAGCAGCUUUCUCUAUGGUUCUAUCAACUCAACCAGCACCCUCUUUCACCUUGUUCAUCUUCGGAGACUCAACCUCGCGGACAAUAACUUCAAUCUCUCUCAAAUCCCAUAUGCCGUUGGACUUCUUUCAAGGUUAUCUCAAUCUCUCAUUCUCCGUAUUUGAUGGUCAAAUUCCAUUAGAAAUUUCACAAUUAAACAAAUUGGUUUCUCUGGAUCUUUCUAAAAACUUCUUCUCAGGGUCCAUACCAGCUUCAAUUGGUAAUCUUUCACAACUUGUUUUUCUGGAUCUUUCUGAAAACAACUUCUCAGGGUCCAUACCUACUUCAAUUGGUAAUCUUGCACAUAUUGUUUCUCUGGAUCUUUCUGAAAACAACUUCUCAGGGUCCAAACCAACUUCAAUUGGUAAUCUUGGACAAUUCGUUUCUGUGUACCUUUAUGACAACUCCUUCUCAGGAUCAAUACGGUCUUGGAUUGGUAAUCUUACACAACUCGUUUAUCUGGACCUAGCAUCUAAUUUGUUGCAGGGUCCCAUCCCAGAUUCAAUCUCUAGACUUGUGAAUCUAGAAGUUCUGGGUGUUGGUUAUAACAAUCUGAGUGGACCAGUGAAGCUAGACAUGUUUGUUACAUUGAAAAAUCUUGCUGAGCUUCAACUAUCAUAUAACCGACUAACGUUGCUCACCAAUACCAGUUAUACCAAUGCCUCUCUUCCAAAGUUUGUUUUUCUCCAAUUGGCGUCAUGCAACCUAAUUGAGUUUCCAGAUUUCUUGAGAUUUCAAGAUAACUUGCAAUAUCUAGACCUCGGAAACAACAGAAUUCAAGGCCUUGUGCCGAAAUGGAUUUGGAACAUGAGCAUUGAAACUCUCGGGGCUUUGUACCUACAUGAGAACUUUCUAAAUGGCUUUGAACAACCUCCUCCUGUCUUUCGGUGGAGUGUUCUACGCCUUUUAGUUCUUAGUUCUAACAUGCUGCACGGAUCACUACCCAUCCCACCAUCGUCCACCCAUCUAUAUGAUGUCUCAAACAACAAAUUAACUGGAGAUAUUCCACCAUCGAUUUGCAAUCUAAGUUCUCUUGAUUCCCUCGAUUUAUCUUACAACAACUUGAGUGGCGUGAUUCCCCAAUGCUUGGGAAGCUUUUCCAAUUCCCUGUCAGUGUUGAAUCUUCGAAGCAAUAACCUUCGCGGCCAGAUUCCUCAAACAUUCAACAACGAAAGUGGCCUACGGAUGAUCGCUUUGAGUCUCAACCAAUUACAAGGGCCAGUGCCGAGAUCGUUGUUCAAUUGCAAACUUCUAGAGAUUCUUGAUCUUGGAAACAAUCAGAUUAACAGUGUUUUUCCCUUUUGGUUGGGAACUGAUCUUCCAGAAUUGAAAAUUCUUAUUUUGCGAUACAAUAGAUUCCACGGUACAAUAUGGAAGCACCCUGAAUCUAGUUCUGUUGCAUUCCCAAAGUUGCUCGUCAUUGAUCUCUCUCACAAUAGUUUUAGUGGUAAGUUACUUCAGAUUACUUCCACAGCUGGAAAGCCCUGAAAACUACUGAUGAUAGUGAGUCAAGAUAUAUGCAUACCAACACAGAGUUGAAUCUACUUGGAUAUAGAUGGUAUGAUUCUUACAAUUACUCAAUGACAAUAACACAUAAAGGUGUGCAAAUAACGUUUUCAAACAUCCUAGAUAUCUUCAGAGUCAUUGAUUUGUCAAGUAACCAAUUUGAUGGAGAGAUUUCAGAAACAAUUGGGCUUCUCAAGGGGUUUCUCAUGCUCAACCUUUCCAACAACAAUCUUAUUGGUCGCAUCCCAUCAUCCUUGGGGAAUCUAACAAAGCUUGAAUCAUUAGACCUUUCUCAAAAUAAGCUAUCAGGAGAGAUACCUCAGCAGCUAACCCAACUCACAUUCCUUGCAAUCUUCAAUGUCUCUCAUAAUCAUCUCGAAGGUCCUAUUCCGUGAAGAUGGCAGUUUGGUACAUUUCUAAACAAUUCUUACCAGGAGAAUUCAGGAUUGUGUGGAGAGCCUUUGUCGAAGAAAUGUGGCAAUUCGGAAGCACCACCACCAACUUCGAAAUUCAAGCAAGAUGAUGAUGACCAUUCAUGGUUUCCAAUUGAUAAAACUGAUUGGAUUGUCAUAUGCAUGGGCUAUGGAGGUGGGUUAGUGGUUGGGUUGAUCAUUGGGCACACUCUAACCACAAGGUAUCAUGAAUGGUUUGUCAGCACCUUCGGAAGGAACCCAAAGAAUCAGAGAAAGAAGACGAAGAGCGGACGAAGAGGCUAAAUACAUUCAGAUCCCGUAUGGAUUUUCCACCAAGUAUCAGGUAUCUGUCAAAGGUAAGAAGCUAGGUUUUGUUGCGUUGUUUUUCUUCUUCACUUGUUUGCAUGUGUAGUCCAUGCCAAACCCUCAUCGUCUAGGUUGGUUUCUCCAAAAAAAAAAAAAAGGCUUGUAGUAUAUUAAAGGAUCGAUGCACUAUUUGCAACUAAAAAAAAAGGCAUGUCAAUUACGCCCAAGAAAGUUUUUCAAGCGACUAUAUCACAGCAUUAAGAUAAUGGCAUGUAUGCCCAGCCUAAAAUGAAUCAUCAAGGGGAUAGACUACUCAAAAGAACUAGGUUUGAUUAUGUUGCUCUCAUAUUAAAGGUUUGGUUUAAUUAGCUCUCACACCCCCUCUUUUAAAAAUGAUAAAAUAAAUACUUAAAUUACCCUCCAUUAUUUCAAAUACAUUAUUAUUCUUAAAAAAUUUAUUAGACCUUUUUACCCUCAACUCGUUUCCUCACUUUCUUCUGCACUUCUCCUGUGGUGGAUUCAUCACCAGUCCAUUCUCAGAUCAAUACCGGAGAGUGCUUGAUUAAAAGAGGACCAAACUAGGUAACAAGUUCUUUGAGCUUGGUAUCUUCGAGUGAUGUGUUGAAGACUCAUUGGAUUGAAAGAAAAAACAAAAAAACAGAUGAACCCAGGAGUUAAAAGGAGAGAGAGUGAAGGAAAAUGAAGGGAAGGUCCAAGAAACCAAUGUGUUUUCCCUUUAUCAAUAGUACAACGCCGCAAAUAGAGGCCUUGAGACUGAAAGAAGCAAAAUAAUGACCAGAAAAACUGGGUUUUUCUCAAAAUCCUCCCCCAGAGAGAAGCUGACUAGAAAAUCAGUAAACAAAUGAAUUAAAAGAUUUCAUUUUUUUCAUUCUCUCUCUAAUCUUUUGAUGGUUUGCUCAAAGAGAAGGAAUGGAGAGAGGAAAGGGAUGGAAGAGGGAGAUCACGACCAUGGGGAUGACCGAUGAUCACUAUUCACGACUUCUACAGUCUCCACAUCCACUGUUUUGUUCAAGAUCCAUCUCUAUCAUUUGUGGCCAGCAACUGUACACGCCACCGAUGACGACGAUAAUCUGUCUUUGAUGCACGAGGAUUGAGGAUUUUGCUCAAAAAAGGGGAAGAUGCUGACGUCAACUGCUAUCCUUACCUAAUUCCAAAAAAAUGAAGCAAAAUUACCAAUUCAAAAGCCGAAGAAAAAGAAAAAAAAAAAACAAAACAAAACAGUUUUGAAGAACACUAAUCGGUCCCCAAGUAGCAAGGACUAAAAUCAGAAAAGAGCACCGAACGAUUUUAUUGUAAAAAUUAAUACAGAUCAAGUUAGAAUUCACAUACGUUUCUCACCUAAUUUAGCACAAUUGAUUACUCACUUCAUGAAUUUCAUUUGUUAAUUCUAAUUCCAACUCAUUACAGUACCAACAACAGCAGCAAAAUUAGUCAAAUCGCAUAGUAGUCCAUUAAACAAUCAACGUGUGUGUAUAUAUGCGUGUAUUUGUAUGAAUUUGUACAUGAAUAAUAUAUCUAUAUACAAGGUCUUACCUUUGAUCGGAGAUCUGUGGCCGGUGAAGAUGGGACGAUGACUGGAUUUAUGCUUAGAGAGGCCCUAAAUCGGUUGAACCAGCGGCUGCCGGUGUUCAACGACGUUGUGGAUCUUGUGAGGUGUGGGCACGCCGUUAAAAGAUGAAUGGGGUCCGGGUCUGGCCGGGUUUCUUCUUGCUCAAUCCGAUCACUUCACCGACAUCAUCAUCGUCGGCAACAACAUGUGGUUGGCCUCUGUCAGCCAACCCACCACCGGAACAGUCAUCGAACCCCACCAUCCUUGUCGCCCCUGCCAACUCGCCGACCAACUCUCUGGUCCUCACACCCAACCAAUCUCUGGUCCUUCACUUCACCGGACAUCAAGAAAUCCUCAUGGUCGCCGUUCUGAACCUCAUCGAGAAAUCCCCAAGGCCUCUGGUCCUCCACUCUUCUCUGACCUUUUCUUCUUCUUCUAUUAGGACGUCGCCUCCUUUGGCAGCUUCUUCUCCGCCGCUGUCUUCUUCUCGGCCUUGGGAGCCAUUUUAGGGGACGGUGAAGUAUUUUUUUUUUUUUUUUUUUUU